AUGCCGAAACGGGAAACUUUGCUUGGCAUACCUGGAGAUGGAAGAUGUUUGUUCCGGUCUGUGGUUCACGGUGCUUGUCUAAGAGCAGGGAAGCCAUCUCCAAGCGACGCUAUUCAGAGAGAACUUGCAGAUGAGCUUAGAGCGAAAGUAGCAGAUGAGUUCAUUAAAAGGAGGGCAGACACCGAAUGGUUUCUUGAAGAUGAUUUUGAAACGUAUGUUGUACAGAUGCGACAACCGCACAUUUGGGGAGGCGAACCUGAAUUGCUUAUGUCCUCACAUGUCCUAAAGGUGCCGAUUACAGUUUAUAUGCGGGACAGCGAUUCUGGUAGCCUGAAAAUCAUAGCUGAAUAUGGUCAAGAGUACGGUAAGGAUAACCCUAUCCGUGUACUUUAUCAUGGUUAUGGACACUACGAUACAAUGCGCGGUUCGGCUACUGGUGCAGAGUCCAAGUUCUUGGUGUCUCAUAACUUUUCCCUGUGGCUAUUUGCAGGUACAAACAAAGAUGAACAGAGAUACAUGGGGCUGUAG